AUGGGCCUUGAUGCGCCUCCGCUGAAGGGCCCAGUUGCUGCCACUGCUACUGCUACUGCCGUCCAGAGCAAUACGGCCGCUAAAACCGGAUCUGCCGGUGCCAACCAAGGUGCCACGAAGCCGCCUGCUGAGACAGCAACAGCAACACCGAGAGCAGCAGGAGGAGGUUCGAAUGAAAAGAAGGAAGACGCGGGUGGAGACGCCAACCUCGCACAAACGCUUAUCGACGACCUACAGACCAUGAUUGAGUUGCUUCCUCAGCGAUCGUUGCAAGUCCAGCAGCUGGAGGCGAGAGUUGCCUCGCAUCAACACGAGGUAUUGUUUAUGGAGGUUUGGCACAAACAGCAAGCGGAGCCGUGGUCCGAGCUGACGAGGCGUCACGAGGGCGUUAUGCGCGAUCUGGAAAGGCAGCUGAAGGAGGAGUGCGCCAGGACGAAGAAGCUCCGAUACGAGCUUGAGGUGGUCCAGGCCCAAGUAACGGUGGCGGAGGAGACGGAGAAGGACCUCCAGGAUGCCAUUUUGAUGCGGCUCUCAAACCUUGUGGAUACGCUCUAUCGCCCUCGCGGCAAGCGACGAAUUGACGUAAAGGAUGAUGAUGAUGAUGAGUGGUGA